AUGGGAUUACCGCAGCCCCAGGACCGCCUGGGCCAGACGGAUUUAACGGAGAUACAUGAGGUCUUAGACAUUUCAGGCAGCAUAGCCCUCAACGCAAGACAGCCACCAGCUGCCCACGUGGCUUCCACUUCCGCUGCUCCUCCUCCUGAUGCUGGUGGUCCCGUAGGUGCUGCUCAACUUGAUGCAGCGAAGUCGCAGGGGGAACACAAGACCUCCACGAGUGUAGAUGCAAAUACACAAGAACAAACUACAGCGGCAGCAGAGACUGCAUCAGAGACGCAGAAAACAGGGACGCAGGCAACAAGCGGAACCGAAGCGAAUGAGAAAGGCUGUACUGCGCAGCAACCGGAUGGCAACACACCGUCAGCUGCUGCAGCUGCUGCUGCCCCCGGUUCAGAAAUUGGGACUCUGCAACAAAUACUGAGAACAAAGGAAUUCAAUCUCGCACUUGUAUCAGAUGUUGACGAGCAGCUUUUAGUGAACAUCAGCUUCAAACAACCCGUCAGACUCGCUUCUUUUGCUAUCUUUGCAACAACUCCCCCGAAGGGAUUUAAUACGAACCCCGAUGAAGAAGACUCCGUCUCCGAGCCUAUGGUAGUGAAGGUAUACUGCAACAAACAACAUUUGAACUUCUGCGGCGUUGUGGACGAAGCAUGCGCAUUUUCCGUUCUGUUGAAAAAAGAGGAUGUGCUGGCGGGCCGCCGGAUUGCACUACCGGGCAGCAAGUUCCACAUGUGCUCAUCAGCGCAGUUCUUUAUUCAAGAAAACCAAACGGGGUCUGCGUAUACCUUCUUGAACAGAUUGAUCUUCUACGGCGUCGCAAACAAACGCUACUCGUAA